AUGCCUCGCCGCGCCGGCUCAGACAAAGUUAAAGCCCCGGGCCGCGCGUGCGGUGCAGUGCGUAUCUGCACGCUUGUAGCAGUCUGUACUGCAUGGAUGUGGGUAGGGAUGCGUGUGGUGGUUACCUACCAGGCAAGGCAAGCAAGCACGGAGGCAAGCAGGCAUAGAGGCAUGACCGCCCGCCCGCCCGCUCGCUGGGCCGCCAUGCGUACGUACACUAGCAACAGGGCACACCCCCCUCCCCCUCCACUGCACAGCACACGCAGGCAAGUCCACGCGGCCCAACCCAUCCAAACGCACCUCACAUCUCACAUCUCACAUCUCACAUCUCAAUCCCACAUCCUCGCCAUGUAUGGCAAUCCAUCUCACUCGAUCCCGAUCGCGACUGCGCACGUCCGUACCGUACCACGGUCCCGGACCCUCUGCCAUCAAGGUAUCGACGUAGGUAGGUACCCUGAACCUCACUCGCAAUCCCAACGCACGCAGACGCGUGGAAAGGAGAGGAGCUCCGACGGCGUCUCCGGCGUCUCCGGCGUCUGCUGCGCUUGUUUGACGCGCGCUGCGCUGGACGUCUACGACCUACCUUACCUACCUUACCAUUCCCUAGGAGUACCGCAUUCUAUCCCCUACCUACCAUACCUUACCGCGUAA